CGCGGCCAGCCCGAGCCGCAUCCAACAAAGUGGACCGAACAGGGAACUCCUCCUGUAAGCUCCACGGAAAGAAUCGCGAGAACCCACGCCAGCAAUAGCAAUUCGGAACGGUGUAUUUGGAUUAGUUCGUUCGCCACGACGAUUUUCUCCAAGUAGCACGGAGAUGACUAUGUUAUCCGUCGCAAACGGCCCGAGCCAUGCAGCCUAUACAUGGGCGGCCCAAGGAGGCGGAUUUGGCAACCAAACAGUGGUGGACAAAGUGCCACCCGAGAUGCUUCACAUGGUUGACUCUCACUGGUAUCAGUUCCCGCCGAUGAAUCCGUUGUGGCACGCGCUGCUCGGCUUCGUGAUCGGCGUCCUCGGCGUAAUAUCCAUCAUCGGUAAUGGCAUGGUGAUAUACAUAUUCACCACCACCAAGACCCUGCGUACCCCGAGUAAUCUGCUCGUUGUCAAUCUCGCCAUUUCCGACUUCCUUAUGAUGGUGGCCAUGUCUCCAGCUAUGGUGAUCAAUUGCUAUUACGAGACGUGGGUACUAGGACCCUUCUUCUGUGAAAUGUACGGCUUGGCGGGCUCCCUGUUCGGAUGUGGCUCCAUUUGGACGAUGACGAUGAUCGCAUUCGACAGAUAUAACGUAAUCGUCAAAGGCUUGGCCGCUAAGCCGAUGAGUAUCAACGGCGCCCUCCUUCGCAUAUUCGGCCUCUGGUUCUUCGCGCUGGCCUGGACGUUAGCUCCGCUGUUUGGCUGGAACCGCUACGUGCCUGAAGGCAACAUGACCGCCUGCGGCACCGAUUACCUGAACAAGGAUAUGCUGUCCAGAUCAUACAUCCUGAUAUACAGCAUCUUCGUCUACUUCAUGCCAUUGUUCCUCAUCAUAUACAGCUACUUCUUCAUCAUCCAGGCCGUUGCCGCUCACGAGAAGAACAUGCGCGAGCAAGCGAAGAAGAUGAACGUCGCUUCUCUGCGAUCGGCUGAGAAUCAGAACACCAGCGCCGAAUGCAAAUUGGCGAAGGUAGCUCUUAUGACUAUCUCUCUGUGGUUCAUGGCGUGGACUCCGUAUUUGGUCAUUAAUUAUGCGGGCAUCUUUGAGACGACCAAAAUCAGCCCGCUCUUCACGAUUUGGGGUUCUCUCUUCGCGAAAGCCAAUGCCGUAUAUAAUCCAAUCGUGUAUGGCAUCAGCCAUCCCAAGUACCGCGCCGCUCUCUUCCAGAGGUUCCCGUCUCUGGCGUGUGCUAGUGAACCGGCACCCGGCGCGGACGCAACGUCCACGACCACCACAGUCACGGAAGGCGAGAAACCUGCCGCAUAAAACGAUAUUAUAUGCAUCUAUUUCUCGAUGAUACAACAGAUUCGUUAGAUAGACGCAACGCCACCACGAAAUAGUAUCACAUUCUCGUCACAAAAGAGGAAUCGCGCCAUCGAGCACGGCAGCUGUAAAUAGUAGUACACACGACAAUGAAUAUCUCGCGCGAGAAGAACCAACGAGAGAACAUGCUGGAUCGUGAUACUAUAUAUCGUAAUAAAUAAAAAUAAAAGAAACGCGAUUCGCGCGAUUGACUGUGAUCCAAGCGGGGCGAUCGUUCACGGGCCAAGCCGAUAUGCGAAAAGCAUUCAACAUCAGAAAACUCGAGGGCUAAAGAUUUCGUUAUAUCGAUGCAGCUGUUAAACGACUAUUAAAUGGCUCUAUGAAUCAUCGUACGAUUCCGCCGCACCACAACGCGAAUUUCUUACAGAUGUUUCAUAGCGCAAUUUGUGAGUAUUAUUCUUCGGAGAGCUACAACGUAAUAUAUGAUAAUUUUGGAACAAGAAAUGGAAUAAACGGAUAUCGGACAUCUAUGACAUUGCUAUACGUAUUGUAUUGUCAUGAGACAUCGGCGAUAGAGUCGUGUCUGUAAUACAUUUUAUAAAACCAAAUAAAUUCUGCAAGCAAUCA